AUGGUUUCGAAAGAUUCUCUGGACUCUUUUUCAAUAUCUAAUUCAUCAGAUGAAAAUUCUCUGUUUCUUGAAGAAAAUUAUUCAAACAAUAUAACAAUUUCAGACGAUAAUCUGGAGGAUUUAAUUUCAGAAAUUGAAGGAGAAAUAAGUUCAAAUAUCUCGAAUCUUUCAAGUUUUGAAGAAAAUUCUUCGAUUGACAAUUUUUCUUCAGACUCUAAUUACCUCAACGAAGAAAGUGAAAAUAAUAAUUCUGAAGAUAAUUUUGAUUUUAUUUUUAAAAAAUGUAAUAAUGAUUUAUUUUUUGACAGUUCAGGUUUUUCAAAGAAUUUGAGUGGCAACAAAAUUUUCAAUUAUAGCAUUAAUGAUUAUUUAAUGUUAGAGCCAUAUUUACAUUACGACGAAGAAUUUGAUCAAAAAGAUGAAAUACUGUCUAAUAAAUGUUAUUUAAUUAAUAAUUUAAAGCAGGAAUUAAUAGAAAAUGAACACAAUUUUGCCGUAAAUGGUAACAAAAGAAUCUUCCAGGAUGGUUUAAUCGAGUUAAAUAAUAACAAUUUUGGCCAUCCUUCAUCUAUUUCCCAUGAUAAUAGUGGACUAAUUUUUGUAGGUACUAUCAAAGGAUUUUGCCUGAUUUACUUGGAAACAAGUUCAAAGAAGUCUAUUGUUAUUGAUCCUAUAAAUGGUUUUUUCUCAAAAAUUACUUCAAUUUGCAUAUCAAAAUCUGAAAACAAAGAUUUCGUUUUUUUGUCAUUGGCUACUAUUGACGGAAAUCUUUGUGUUUGGAAAUUAAACACUGUUAAGAUUAAGGAGUUUCUUAUACAUGAUUGUGUUUUAGCAAAGCAUUCAGAGAAUGAAUCUCUGCAGAAAAAUCUUUUAACUGAUUCAAAGAAAUGUGAUGUAAAAGGAUGUUUGGGAAGCACUCAAAUUUAUCAUAUCAAAUCAUCAGCUGAAGAGAAAGAAUAUUCAAAAGAAAGUGAGGUUAAGGACUUUGUUAGUACUGAAGUUAGUAACAAAACCAAAACUAAAAUAGCUAUUGAAGGUGUCCUAGAUUCCGACAUUGCUAAUCUGCUUAACAACUCUCCUAAACACAUUAAACAUGGGAUCUUGAAUCACGAAUUUAUUGAAAUUCGAAAUCAAGAAUUUGUUAAUAAAUUAGCCUUAUUUAUAAGUGAUUUACAAGGAAAUCUCUACGUAACUUUAUUAACUAAAAGAUCUGAAAAUAAUGUUGAAGAUGAAACUAAUGAAAUUAAUGAGAAAAUUACAAAUGAUUGGAUAGUUCAAGAGAAAAUCUUCUUAUAUAAUUCAGAAGAGGAUAUAAUACAUCAAUUCAGAAAUCUUCCUCCUCCUCCAUUGAAAAAGAAUGGACCACAAGAGAGCAUUCAGAUAAAUUCUGGAUUAAUUAGUAAAAGGGAAAUUCAUCCUAUGGACCAUUACCAAUUUUAUUUAGUAGCUGGUAGAAAGAGAUUCCUGCUUAUAAGUAUGCUUCCACAUCCUGCUCUCUGUAAAAUAGUUAAUAUAAUAGAAGAUCUGAAGAAAAUGAAUAUAGAAAUACCUGAGAAUGAGACUAAUGUAGUUUAUUUGUCUUGGCUCCGUCCUAAUAUAGUUUCAAAGAAUGUUGAAAAUGAACAAAUAAAAAUUAGAAUUUUGGCCUCUAUCUCAAGGUUUGUUUGCAUUUAUGAUAUAAAAUCAUUUGAAGAAUUCGAAAAUUCAGAUGAAAUUAAAGUAGAAUUAAAGCUAUCAGCAGUUUGGACAAUGUUUGACACUAUUAAUGGAGCUUCUGCAUUGACUGAAAAUAUUAUAGCUUUAUUAAUAGGCUUUCGAGGAAUAUAUAUAUACCAAAUAAUAGAAGAUUAUGAUGGAUUUAAUUCCACUACAAAACUGUGUAAAAAUAGCAACAAACUUAAUGUUAUAAAACAAGCAUUAAUUGAAGAGGAAGAUCAAAAUCUAGUGCAAAAACAAGAACUUGAUAAUAUGUUAAACAAUAGUGUUUUUGACAACUCAAAAAGCUUCAAGGAUGCUUAUUUAAUAAUCAAGAGUAAGCCAAUAAAUAUAACUAAUCAAGUAAACGAGAUGUUAGUUUGUAUACACAAAUAUAGUGAUAAUAAUAAGAAAUUAUUUGUAGUUUCACAGAGCGUUACAAAUGAUUUACAAGAAUCCAUUGAUUUGUAUGGUCAGUCUUUUAUACAAUGCAGGGCAGGAAAAAGCAUUAAAAUAGUGCUUUUACUAAAUGAUAAAGUUAUUUCAAUUUUGAUGCUUUUUAAAUCCUGGAUACCUUUUUUGGAGAACGAGUUCAAUAUAAACAUGGAACAAAUCAAAUGUUUAGUAUAUGAUGAUGUUUCAUGGACAAGACUCUCCACAUCUUUUAUAUCACUUUAUGAGAAAAGGCUACCAAGCCUUCAGACUUGGAUAAAUAUUGACAAAAAGAUGAUUUUAAAUAUUUUAAAGAACAUUUUCAAUUCUUUAUUGGAUAGUGUAGCUGGUUUUCACUCAAAAAUUGAAGUGAAUUUAUUCGAAACCUAUAUAAAACAAGUUAUUAAGCUAAUUAUAGACUCAAGCAUUAGAUUAAAACUUUGGGAGUAUUUGUUUGAAGAAUUAAUACCAGUAAUUCAGUCAUACAACUUUAUUCAAUUAUCAAAUAAUAAUAAAGACAAAUCUGAAGUUAUUUCAUUAUUAGACUACUAUUUAAUGUCAGUUAUUGAAAGAUAUAUUGGAAAAGAAAUCAGUUGGGAACUCCUGGAAGGAGACUUUUUAAAAUUAUUAAUUAAUUGGUACAAAAACCGUAUUUUAAAAUUUGAAAAAAGCAAAUUAGAAAACAAUUUAAACGACGAUAAUCAACUAAAAACCGAUGAUAGUGUUGAUGUAUUAUUUAAUGAAGUUCAGUUUAUUAUGAUUAGGACUUUAAAAAUGGAUUACUCAGCAACCAAUUUAGGAGGAAACGGAAAUCCAUGGCUUGUUUUCGUUCCAUUAUUUAAAAAGUAUGGUAUCUGGACUAGUUAUAUAUUACUGUAUUUGUUUAGCAGAAAAGAUCCAAUUGAUUUAUUUAAAAGAAUUAUGGUUCAGAUGUAUGAUUGUUUUAUUGAAAGAUAUGCAAUAGGCAACCAAAAUUGCAAAACUGUUUGUAUGAAUGGUAAUAACUUAUUUCAAGUAAUAGAUAUUGUUAAAUCCCAAAAACAACUAGAAGAAGAUAGUCAAAUACAAAAUUACUAUUAUUAUAUUUAUUCUCUUAUUUUCAGAGAUACUUACCCUUUUAAUGAAGAGGAAAUCAAAGAUUUAAAGAAUAAGCAAUUAACUAAAAUUCCACUAAAUUUGGAUAUUGAGGAAUUUAUCAAAGCACUUUGUGAAGAAAUUAAUAUUGAAAAGUUGAAUAUAAUUAAAAGCAAUUGUGACUUACUGAUUUUUAUUUCGUUUAAAUUCUUUGUAUAUAUUUUAACUGAGCUAAAGAAGAUAAAAAACUCCCUAUUACCUUUGACUGAAGAAGUUAUAGGUGAAAGCGAUGAAGAAAAAGAGAAAAAAAUUGUAAAGUUUGAAAAACUUUAUUUAAUAAUGGAAGAUAAAUUAGAAUUGUUUGUGUACAAAGUAUUGAAAAUUGAUGAAAUUGACAAUUCUGAAAAACUUAAUCACUUAAUUAAUUCUGAUUCUCCACUAAAGAAAAACAUAGAUCUUAGAACUGAUAUAUUGAAAGACAUUAUUAAUAAAAGUAACAAAUUUGGGGUGUCAGUGAGCUAUUUACUAGGAAAUUACUUGAACUGGGUAAUAUUUAAUAUUAAUGAUUAUAAUAUUAAAAAAGAGGGUGAUUAUAAGCUAGUGAUAAGCUGCUUUUUUAAAAUAGUAGAAAAACUAAACAGUAGUUUUGAAUUGACUCAUUGCAUUUCAAAUUUGGUGAAAAGUAUGGAAUAUAACUUAAUUAUGGCGAUAAUAAAAAGCAAUAGAAAUAAUGAAGGGAUGAAUUUUCUCAAUAUUCUCUUAAGUUGUUUAGAAAUAGAUAAUUAUUACACUCAAGAAGAUGAACUGUUAUCUUUUGAGCACACUCAACCCCAAAAUGACUACAAUAAAGUUGAGAUGAAUCAGAGAUUAUCUAAAAUAUUGAAAAAAUAUUCACUAUAUAACUUAUCACUAUAUCUAUCAAUUCAGGUUUAUGAUUUGGAGAGCAUAUUAGAUAUGUACUCAAAGAAACACUUUAUUAACAGUAAUAUUUUGAGAGAAUUAUAUAUUAUGGAUGAAGAAAACAAUAAUAUACUAUUUUCUUUAAAUUAUAUUCUAAAUACUAUUGAAAAAGGGAUCAAAUUUAAAGUGUUUGACUAUGAUCAAGUGUUUAUUUUGAUAAUUAAGUAUACGGAUUUACUGAUUAAAAUAGAUUCUCUUAAUACAAUAGACCUGAUCAUCCAUAUUUUGAAUAGAUGUUUGGAUGAUGUGUUUAAUUCCACAAGUAAAAACUCAGUAUCUUAUUAUGUCCAGAUAAUUAUGGAUAACUUGAAUCAAAAAGUUAAGAAAUUACUGCUAAGUUCCUUGUUAUACUACAAGAAUAAUUCAAACAAUUGUUUUCAAGAGGAAUUUCUUUUAAGUGAUAAGUCGAUAUAUAAGAAUAAAAUAGAAUUAAAAAGAUGGAAUGAGCUUGUUAAUCACCUAAUCCCUUUAUAUUUAGAGAGUUUUUUAAAAGAAAGGAGAAUUAAUGAUUCAUCUGUAUUAAAUAUUUUGGAUUACUGGUAUCAAAGUUCAGUAAAGUAUGAUGAGUUAUUGAAUACCCCUUUUGAAAAGUGUUUUUGUAUAUGUAGAAAAUACAAUAAUGAAUAUGGAAUGAUUUAUAUAAAUCAAAUAUUUUCUGUAAAUCCAAACUUGUACAACCCCAAUAUUUGUGAAAGCUUUGACCAAAUCUUUAAAUUUUGCAUUUUAAGGUUUAGUAAUUACCUUUCUAAAAUUAGAGGACUAUUGGAAAAUAAAUUUAGUAAGGAAAUUUUUAGCAUAAAUGCAAAAAGGGUAACUAAAGACAAAACUAUAUUAUAUUCUCUAGAUCCUGAAGAAGUGAAUUCUUUAAAAAGCAGAAAAGAAUUAUAUACAACAUGGGAAGAAAUAAUUGAAUUUACUAACUUUAUCUACUUGUAUUGUUUUACAAAUUACAAUAUUAAUAGUAAUUCUUAUUACCAUCAUAUUAAGAGUGGAAGUUAUAUUGAUUUUUACAAAAAUAUUUUAAAGAGUCUGCUAAUAGAAAUUGAAAGUAUUUCUGAAAGAUAUGAUAAUAAGAUAUUAAUGGAAAUAGCAGAAGAAUUACACACAAAAAAAGGUAAUAAAAUAUCUCAAAAUUUGGAUUUUAAAUUGCUUGGAAUGGAUCUAAUAGUCGUUUUAUACUAUAUAUUGGUUUGCUUUUUACUUGGUAAUAACCACUAUCAAUACUUAUUAGAAAAGUAUCUUAUAAAGUUUGGUUUUCUUUCAGAUUUUCUCUUUAAUUCAAAAUUAAAUAGGUUAUUUCAAAAUCCAAUUAGCAGUUAUUAUAUAUUUAUCAAACCAAUUUUACAGUUAAUAAUCAGCGAGUCAAAGCCUAAAAAUGAUGAAAAAAUCAGCGGAAAUCCAAACAUAAAUUACCCAUGUAAAUUUUGGCGUCAUUUGGCUCUUGAAAUGAUGAAUACAAAAAUAUUCAUUGAUAAAUGCAAUGAUGAAGUUGGCCAACUUUUUCAAAAUGACUUACUGGAUAUCUUUCACUCACUUGUCAAUACAAUAAGAAAAGCUAUUACAAUCCAAUUUAAUGAUCAAUCUAACUAUUUUAUUAACUCUCACGAGGCAAGAUAUCUAGAUGAUAGAAAUAGGACACAUGAGAAAUAUUUGAAAUAUGGGUUAAGAUCAAGUUGUUACUACUGCAAACAGUCCAUUUUUAUUUUUGAAGAGGAAGAUCUUAAAUUUAAAACAAAAAAUAAUUCUCACUCUUAUUCAUUUAAUAUAAUUUCAAAUGGAAUUAAUGAUUUCUCACUUAAAGAUAAUUACUUUAGCAUAAUAAAUAAUAAAAAUGGUGAAAAUACGAUCAGAAUUGAGGGAUCCACCCAACAGAAAUUUAUUGUGAAUUCUAAUAGAGACGAAGAUGAUACUGACGAGGAAAACGAGAUUUUAAAUACUAAUAAGCUUUAUGUAUUCCAUUGUGGAAAUGUGUUUCAUAAAAAAUGCUUUUAUAAUAGUAUUAACCAUAAAUUUGGAUUAUCAAAUAAUAAAAAAAAUGAUAUAUCUGGUGAUAUAUACAUUGGAGAUAAAGAAUCAAACAGUAAUUGUUUACAUAAAUACAGAGUUUCCUUUAAUUAUUAA